AUGGCAUUUGGUGCAUCAGGUGGUCGUGGAGGAUUUGGUGGUGGGCGCGGUGGUCGCGGUGGAGGUGGUCGCGGUGCCCCACGAGGUGGUGGAUUUGGUGGUCGGGGAGGUGGAAGAGGCGGAUUUGGUGGUGGUGUACGAGGUGGGGGUAUUGCGAAGCGUGGGGGGGAUAGAGGGCGAGGGGGCGGACGAGGUGGUCGUGGGGGUGGGCGGGGCGGUGCUAGGGGCGGAGCGAACAUCAUCCUCGAGCCCCACCGACAUGCCGGUGUCUUUAUCGCGAAGGGCAAGGACAGCAUGCUGGUGACGAAGAACCUGGUCCCGGGCGAGGCGGUCUACGGCGAGAAGCGGAUAUCUAUCGACGGCGGCGUUGACGGUACCAAGGUUGAGUACCGCGUGUGGAACCCCUUCCGGAGCAAGCUCGCAGCCGGCGUAUUGAACGGGAUGGACGAGAUUUAUAUUGCGCCUGGCUCGAAGGUACUGUAUCUUGGCGCUGCCAGUGGAACGAGUGUCAGUCACGUAGCGGAUAUCGUGGGACCGGAAGGUGUCGUGUAUGCUGUAGAAUUUUCUCUGCGGUCAGGUCGUGACCUUAUAAAUAUGGCAAAAAAGCGAACAAAUGUUAUCCCCAUCAUCGAAGAUGCACGGACACCGCAAAAAUACCGCAUGCUACUUUCGACGGUUGAUGUCAUCUUUGCCGACGUCGCGCAGCCUGAUCAGGCUCGUAUCGUUGCCCUCAAUGCUGAUUAUUUCCUCAAGAACGGCGGUUACGUCGUCAUCUCCGUCAAGGCCAGUUGUAUCGAUUCAACUGCUCCGCCAUCAGUAGUGUUUACGCGGGAGGUGCAAUUUCUGCGAGAAAACAAGUUCAAGCCCCUAGCGCAGGUUACCUUGGAGCCGUACGAGCGUGACCACGCGAUGGUUACUGCCCAGUACCGACGGUUCCAGUAG